AUGUAUGCAUGCAUUGUGAUUUGUGAUGAUGCAGAAGGUAUAUUGGAGGUGGCAAAGGAAUACCAGAAGAGGAUGAAGAAAACUCCAAUCCCGAGAGCUCGUCUUUCAAAUGCAAUGGCAGUGAACUGGCAAGGAUUGGCAAAAACUCUGGAAAACUCGUACGGACAGCCACUUCACUAUCUGACUCACAUGCUCUGCAAGCAAUGGGACAAGUCCAGAUUUGGAGCUGAAGAUGGUGAGAAGCCAUUGGACAGCAUUCUGAGUGCAGAGAAAGCAGAAUCCAUCUUGUGGGAAGUUGAAGCAGUUCAUAGACUCUCCUCUUCUCAUGUUCAUCUCUCAACUCUUUGGCUCACUGAUCCUCACUUUGAAGCUUUUGUUGAUCAAGUUAUUCUUCCUCCUCCUCCUCCUCCUUCUUGA